AUGGCUAACGCAUCUUUACUUCACGCGACCUGGGCUAGGCCAUCCUUGAAAUUGCUUCCUUGCCGGAAACCAACCUCUUAUCAACGCCUUCGAAAAUCAUUCUCAACUACAUUCUAUCGCAACAUGCUGAGUAGUGAAUUAUCUGAAGCUGAUGUCUCGGCUCUGCGAGUGAAUAAAGAGAGACUGGCAAGAGAUCUUCACCACUCAUGUCAGUGGGGGUUUGGUAUUCGAUGGGGCGAUGAGUCAACAGAUACUGGAAUGCAGCGUCUUGCAUUAUCAGAGGAGGAUAAGAAUGUUCGAAAUUGGUUUAUUCAAACCAUGAAGGAUCUCAAGUGCGACAUUACAGUCGAUGAAAUGGGUAAUAUCUUCGCCGUUCGCGCAGGUAGAAGAAAGGAUGUACCCGCUACAUUCAUCGGCAGCCAUCUUGAUACACAGCCGACUGGAGGAAGAUAUGACGGCAUCCUGGGUGUUCUUUCUGGAGUUGAAGCCCUGAAGCGGAUGGAUGAGAUGGGGCUCGAGACAGAGGGGGGUGUGGGUGUGGUAAAUUGGACGAAUGAGGAAGGGGCUAGAUUCCCGGUGAGCAUGAUAUCGUCUGGCGUAUGGGCAGAGUGCAUUCCUCUAUCCAAGGCACAUGAUCUCAAAGAAGUGCCAACAGUAGCAUCACUGCCUACUGCGGCCUCGGCCCCGGAGACGAUGAAGUCAGCAUUGCAGAAGAUCGGCUACCUAGGCAGCGUGCCUUGCUCAUACAAGUCCACUCCGAUGGCAGCACACUUUGAGCUUCAUAUCGAGCAAGGUCCCCAUCUCGUUUCUGCGGGCCAACAGGUCGGGGUUGUCACAGCAGUGCAGGCCUAUCGUUGGUUCCGAUUGAAUGUCAUCGGGCGAGAUACACACACAGGCACAACCGCUUUCGAACACCGUGCCGAUGCUCUAUACGCAUUUGCGCGUAUGAUGGUUCGAGCAAGAGAAGUCGCUGCAGGACGAGGAUGCCUUGCUAGUGUUGGAAUUAUCGAAGCGAAGCCGGGCAGUGUCAACACUGUUCCAGGAGAGGUCAGCUUCAGCCUGGAUAUCCGUGGACCAGAGACGGAACUUGUCGCUGAGGUUGAGAAAGAACUUCGUCGUGAUUUUAAUGAAAUCGCCGCUGCAGAGGGCGCUGGGAUCGGCAAGCCCUGUCGGGUCGAGUGGACGCUUGACUUUGAUUCUCCUGUUGUGAAAUUCCACGACGCCUGCAUUGAAUGCGUACAGCAAUCCGCUCACGCUGUUGUAGCAGAUGCGUCAGUUGCAGAUCCCAAGUCACUGGUUCGGCCCAUCAUGAGUGGUGCCGGCCAUGACAGUGUCUUCACCUCGAAGCGUGUUCCCACGAGUAUGAUAUUUGUGCCCUGUAAAGAUGGACUCAGUCAUCAUCCUGAGGAGUUUUGCUCAGCAGACGACUGCGCGACCGGAGCAUCCGUCAUAUUGCAAGCCGUUGUGCGGUACGAUCGGAUGAGGUUCGCAUAG